GUUUUAUACUUGGAGCAAGAAAAAUCAAUUACGCGAAAUUCUAAUUACGUUUUAAAAUAUUCCAGCCAAAACCUUCCAGAAAUUACAGAAUGUUGUGGAGAAAGGAAACAAACAAAAAUGAUGCGAUGUACGUGGACAUUUUUGCAUUGAAUGAUAGACAAGCAAACUUCAGUGGUGUUCCCUGUCAUGUUGGAUGUGCAGAGACGGAUACAAACUUCGACAAAUGUGAUGCGUUGUCGUUGCAAAAGCGAAAUGGGGGAAAUGAAUAUUUCAAAAAAGGCCAAUGGACUCGGGCAAUAGAAAUGUACGGCGAAAGUCUAUGUUAUGCUGAAAAUGGGUCAAAGAACAUAAGCUUGGCGUAUGCGAAUCGAUCGGCUUGUUUUCUGAAGAUGAAACGAUACGAACAAUGUCUCGUUGAUAUCGGACUGGCCAAAGAAGUCGGCUAUCCCGCAGAAUUGAUGUCAAAACUGGACCAACGCAAAGAGGAAUGUUUGAAGACAGAAGGUGGGCAACAUUCUUCUUCAACGAAGUUUGAGUCAAAACUGAGCUUUGAACCGGAUGAACAAUUUCCGUGUAUGGCCAACGUGGUGAAGAUUAGUGUAGACGAUGAAGGUGAUCCAGUGAUCGUUGCCAAAGAAGAUAUUGACGUUGGUCAAAUCGUAGCAGAGGAAAAAAUGUUUAUGGGAUAUAUUUACUCAUGGCAUGGUUUGGCAUGUAACAUUUGCUUGAAACGGAUCGCUAAUGAUAUGCAAUGUGGCAAUGUUCUGCAGCGAAGAAUGUCAAGCUCAUCAGCUACACAAAUUCGAGUGUGGUUUGAAGGCAUGCAAAUGUGAUCUGACAAACAAAAAUA